GUGUAGAUGUUGCCUCAAGCGGACCUCAAGUCAGAGGCUCCGGGAAAGUAAGAGUUAGUUGGUUGUAUAAGGUUGAAGGUUAAAGAUUAGCGGCUUGGCCUUCUUCAGACGGACUGCAGGGCUGUUUUUGAGGCUGACUCUUUACAAGAUGGCUCCGACUAAUGUCAUUAAAUACUCUUCAGAAGAAGGAUGCAGAUGUCCAUUAGAGUCCGAGCUGCGAGCAGUGCUGCAGCAAAGGAUCAUGGUCCUGGACGGUGGUAUGGGAACCAUGAUCCAGCAGCAUAAACUUGAAGAGAAAGAUUUCAGAGGGGAUGAGUUUAAAGAGCACCCUCUUUCACUGAAGGGCAACAACGACCUUCUCAGUAUCACACAGCCCAAUAUCAUUUACUCUAUACAUAAGGACUACCUCCUGGCUGGUGCUGACAUCGUGGAGACCAACACGUUCAGCAGCACCUCUGUCGCCCAGGCUGACUAUGGCCUGGAACACAUGGCUUAUCGCCUCAACAAGACAUCUGCGGAGCUGGCGAGGAGGGCAGCCGACGAUGUCACCAAACAAACUGGCUGUAAACGUUAUGUGGCCGGGGCAGUGGGUCCGACCAAUAAGACCCUGUCUGUAUCCCCGUCUGUGGAGAGACCUGACUUCAGGAACAUCACAUUUGAUGAGCUUGUAGAAUCCUACACAGAGCAGGUCAGAGGUUUAUUAGACGGAGGAGCAGACCUCCUUCUGGUUGAAACCAUCUUUGAUACUGCCAACGCUAAGGCUGCCUUGUUUGCCAUCGACCUGCUGUUUGAAAAGAGCUACGAAAGGAAACCUAUAUUUAUCUCAGGGACCAUAGUUGACCGGAGUGGACGUACUCUGUCUGGUCAGACAGGAGAAGCCUUUGUACUGAGUGUAUCUCACAUGAACCCUCUGUGCAUUGGUCUGAACUGUGCCUUGGGGGCGACAGAGAUGAGGCCGUUCAUUGAGGCCAUAGGAAAAAGCACCACAGCUUUCAUUAUCUGUUAUCCCAAUGCAGGUCUUCCCAACACAUUCGGAGGGUAUGAUGAAACCCCAGAAGUAACAGCCUUCAAUUUAAAGGAGUUUGCUAUGGAUGGACUAGUGAAUAUUGUGGGAGGCUGUUGCGGCACCACUCCAGGACACAUCAGGGCCAUAUCUGAAGCAGUCAAACACUGUCAGCCCAGAGUUCCUGCUGCUGAUAUUUAUCAAGAUUACAUGCUGCUGUCAGGUUUAGAGCCGUUCAGGAUCGGCCCUUACACCAACUUUGUUAACAUUGGCGAGCGCUGCAACGUGGCUGGGUCACGCAAGUUUGCCAAGCUGAUCAUGGCAGGAAACUAUGAGGAGGCUCUAAGCAUUGCUAAGGCCCAGGUGGAGAUGGGAGCCCAGGUCCUGGAUAUAAACAUGGAUGAGGGGAUGCUUGAGGGGCCAACAGCUAUGACUCGAUUUUGUAACUUAAUUUCUUCGGAGCCAGACAUCGCACGGGUUCCACUGUGUAUCGACUCCUCGAACUUCUCAGUGAUUGAGGCUGGGUUGAAAUGCUGUCAGGGGAAGUGUAUAGUCAACAGUAUCAGCCUGAAAGAAGGAGAGGAGGAGUUCCUGCACAGGGCUGCCACUGUGAAGCGCUACGGAGCUGCUGUGGUGGUCAUGGCCUUUGAUGAGGAGGGACAGGCGACAGAUACAGACCGUAAAGUGGAGAUCUGCACUCGGGCCUACAAGCUGCUUGUCGACAAAGUGGGAUUUGACCCCAACGACAUCAUCUUUGACCCCAACAUCCUCACCAUCGGUACAGGCAUGGAGGAACACAACGACUACGCCAUCUACUUCAUCAGAGCCACCAAACUCAUCAAGGAGACAUUACCAGGAGCCAGGGUGAGUGGAGGUCUGUCCAACCUGUCCUUCUCCUUCAGAGGGAUGGAGGCCAUCAGAGAAGCUAUGCAUGGAGCAUUUCUCUACCACGCUAUCAAGGAUGGUAUGGAUAUGGGGAUAGUGAAUGCUGGGAACCUGCCGGUCUAUGACGACAUAGAUAAAGAGCUACUGUUACUGUGUGAAAAUCUCAUCUGGAACAGAGACGCGGAUGCUACUGAGAAACUACUGGCAUACGCACAGAACAAUGUGAAAGGAGCGAAGAAGGUGGUUCAGACAGACGAAUGGAGAGAAGGAAGCGUGGAGGAAAGGUUGGAGUACGCUCUCAUUAAGGGAAUAGAGAAGUAUGUGGUGGAGGAUGUGGAGGAGUGUCAGGCUCUGGUUGACCGCUACACUCGACCCCUUCACAUCAUCGAGGGCCCCCUGAUGAACGGCAUGAAGGUGGUGGGAGAUCUCUUUGGUGCUGGGAAGAUGUUCCUUCCCCAGGUGAUCAAGUCGGCUCGUGUUAUGAAGAAAGCGGUGGGCCAUCUGAUUCCUUUCAUGGAGAAGGAGAGGGAGGAGAUGAUGGCAUUGUCCGGGUCAACUGAAGAAGUGAAUCCCUUUCGGGCCACCAUCCUUCUGGCUACAGUGAAGGGAGAUGUCCAUGAUAUUGGCAAGAACAUCGUAGGUGUGGUGCUGGGUUGCAACAACUUCAGAGUGAUCGACAUGGGUGUGAUGGUUCCCUGUGAUCAGAUCCUCAGAGAGGCUGUCAAACAGAAAGCAGAUAUUAUUGGUUUGUCUGGUCUCAUCACUCCCUCUCUGGAUGAGAUGAUCUAUGUGGCCAAAGAGAUGGAGAGACUGGGAAUGACAACACCACUGCUGAUUGGAGGAGCCACCACAUCAAAGACACAUACAGCAGUGAAGAUCGCCCCACGCUACAGUUGUCCUGCCAUCCAUGUUCUGGACGCCUCCAGGAGUGUUGUGGUGUGCUCACAGCUCCUGGACGAGGAACUGAGGGAGGAGUACUUUGAGGACCUGAAAGAGGAGUAUGAGGAGAUCAGGCAGGAGCACUACGACUCCCUGAAGGAUCGCCGGUAUCUGUCUCUUUCCCAGGCCAGAGGGAAAGCUCUACAUAUAGACUGGCUCUCUCUGCCCAGACCAGUGUGUCCUCAGUUCCUGGGCACCCGCGUGUUCGAGUGCUACGACCUGAACAGUCUGCUGGACUACAUCGACUGGAAGCCUUUCUUCGAUGUUUGGCAGCUGAGAGGAAAAUACCCCAACAGAGGCUACCCCAAGAUCUUCAACGACAAGACUGUUGGUUCAGAGGCCCGGCGAGUCUUUGAUGAGGCCCAGCAGCUGCUCAACCAGAUGAUUGACAGUGGUAGUCUUAAGGGGCGGGGCCUGGUGGGGUUCUGGCCUGCACAGAGUGAUGGCGAUGACAUCAGUGUGUACAAAGAUGAUGUCACAGUAAACAGGGACACCAAGCCCAUCGCUACAUUUCAUGGCUUACGACAACAGGCGGAGAAGGACAGCUCCAGUUCAGAGCCCUACCUGUGUGUGUCUGACUUUGUUGCCCCUGUAGACAGUGGCGUGCCAGACUACAUCGGUGUGUUUGCUGUGGGGGUGUUUGGAGCUGAGGAGCUGAGUCAGCAGUUCCAGGAUCAGGGAGACGACUACAGCAGCAUCAUGGUCAAAGCCCUGGCUGACCGACUGGCUGAGGCCUUUGCUGAGGAGCUCCAUGUUCGCGUGCGUAAGGAGCUGUGGGGCUAUAGCACUGACGAGGCUCUGCAGGCCUCGGACCUCCACAGAAUCCGAUACCAGGGCAUCAGGCCUGCAGCUGGCUACCCCAGCCAGCCUGACCACACAGAGAAGACCACCAUGUGGAGCCUUGCUGGGAUCCAGGAGAAGACUGGUAUUUGUCUGACAGAGUCCCUGGCCAUGACGCCUGCUGCCUCAGUGUCUGGACUUUACUUCUCCAACCCUCAGGCCUCGUACUUCGCUGUGGGAAAGAUCACCAAGGAGCAGGUGGAGAACUAUGCCCGGAGGAAAGAGAUGUGUGUGGAGGAGGUGGAGCGAUGGCUGGCUCCCAUACUGGGCUAUGACAACGAGGCGUAGGGCGUGACCACUCCAGCAGUAAACUGGACCACACGAGGGAUCAGAGCAGGGCACACUACUGCCAUGGAAUCAGGUGUACAGUCCCACCAUUUCUCUGUAGCUCACACAGGUUCUUACUGUGGCUGCUCCCCCAGGGAUUCCCUGACAUUACAUAGUAUAUCACACUAAGUCUUACCGUUUUACCAUUUUACUCAACAUUUCUACUGGACAUUUCAGAACAGUAAAACAGGGUUUUUUGUUCUUGUUUUUUUUUAGCUCUCUGUGCCAAAGGUUUAUGACAAACGUUCUACUUUUAAACACUACGGACCCACACACAUUGUAUGUAAUGGUAAAAUGAUCUCUUAACCCUUGUGUAGUCCUCCCGGGUCAAAACUGAAAAUCAACACUUUUUCAAGUUUUUCGACACAUUUUUCCAUGUGUUUUUCAAGAUUUUUCACGUUUUUGAAGCUGUUUCAAACAUUGUUAUCACCUUGUUUGAUGCUUUUUCCAAAGCUUUUUUUUCUGCUUUCAAUGGCUUUUGACGUUUUUUUUCAAUGUAUUUGGCGCUUUUG